UCCUCCCACAUCGAUCAUGAGCUUAUUAUUCGGAGAGUGAGAUCAAACUAGUUACUUUUUCCAUUGUGGGUCUAGUCAAGCUAGGAAGGAUGAUACGAAAGCUUUCUGCGUGUGCUUUGGCUUUCAUUCUCAUUUCAUGUAUAAUAGUACAGAAUUCAGCUUAUUUAACUAUCAUAGAGAGAGGGCUCCGUGCAUGUAGAAGCAGUGCUAAUUCUAACGAAGAUGACAGCAGAGUUCGAAGAUGGGGAUGGUGGCCUCCCGUCAUAACUCGGCGAGAUUGUGACACAUUCAAAAAUAUUCUCUGUGAGAGUAGGAUAUUUCAGGGUAAUCUUGGGAAGGCUCCCUCAAAUCCUUCCUCGUCUCCUUCACCUCCUCCAGUACCGCCUGUUGGUGGUCUACCAAGAAAGCGUCGGUCAAGUUCUUCCAUCAGGAAAGACUUCGAGGCCAUCAAUAUGGUGUAACAUAAUUGGAGAGUCCCCGAAAAAGAUGAUUGAGCGCAGAAUAAACAGGAGUUGACUUUUAAAAAAAAUAUCGAUGUUGAUAAAUACUUCCAUGACUGAACAAAGAUGACUAGAACGGUAUCAAAAUGUAAAUCAGUGCACAAAAUUUUGCGUGAUGGCUGUAAAUUAUUCAAUAAUUUGACCUUAGCUGCCUUAACUAUUUCAAGUAAGUUAAGAAUGUGACGUGUAAAUUAUUUGCUUUUAAGUCUCGACAAAAAAUAAAAAGAAUGCCAAUCACGA